AUGUCUUGCGCGGUCAAAAUUCUUAGCUGCCCAGCCUGCGGGCCCCUGGAUCCCGCGAUGGACUCUAUCACGCGGGUGCAUGAGGACCUUCGCGAGGCGACCGACAUGAUGCGCGAAAACCUCGCGCAGGUCGUGGACCGCGGAGAGCACCUCGAGCUGCUGGUGGACAAGUCGGACGGGAUUUCGAACCAGGCGCGUCAAUUUCAGAAGCAGAGCACGGGGCUGCGGAAGGCGAUGUGGUGGAAGAAUGUGCGCAGCAUGCUGACGCUGGCGGGGAGCCUCGUCGUGCUGCUCAUGCUGGUGCUCGUGUGGCGGUGCGGCUUCUCCCUGUCUCACUGCAAGUCGUCCCCGACGGGCGGCGCCGCCGCCUGA